AUCGUCCCGUCCUGCUCGUCCGCACUCGCGCCUUCUCUCUCCGCUGCUGCGCGCCGCGCUGCACAGCGCACGCUGCUCUCCGCCAGCAUCGCAUAUCGCCGCCUCUCUGGCGCUCUCCUCGCGGCUGCUGCGCCCAGCAGGCGCUCCCGCUUGCCCGGCAUGCGCGCGCCGCUGUGCCCGUCGCGCCUCGUGCGGCUGCUGCCCGUGCUGCUGCUGCUCGCACUGCUGGCCCUCGUGCCGGCUGUCCGCUCUGCACUGCCGCAGCACGACGCCCACGCUGCGGUGCCGCAGCCGCAGCAGACGCAGCCGCCGCCGACACCGCCCGAGCAGCGGCUCGCCGAGCGCCGCUCGCCGUCGUCCAAGGAGGAGCACAUUGCCGGCCUGCAGCGCCAGCUUGCCAGCUUGCUGCUCGAGCGCGAUGCAGCCGCAGCGCCCACGCCGGAUGUGCUGCGCCGCCAGCAGACCGCCGACGAGGUCAGCGAGAGUCAGCUGCCGACCGGCGUCUCGCGCAUCGACACACAGCCGUCGGCGACGCUCAGCUCAGUGGCGCACGACCCGCUGCUGGCCAUCAUGCCCGACUUCGCCUUCAGCAUGCCGUCGCAGAUCGUCGUCAACGGCAUCAACCUGGCGCUCGUCGUCGUGCUGAGCGUGCACCUGCUCUUCACGGCGCAGUACCACUUUCCGCUCUCGUCGCGCAACUACAUCCUGCAGGCCAUCAGCACGGCGAUGCUGCUCAUCAGCCUCAGCGUGCAGAUGCACAUCGUCCUCGCCAAGCUGCGCCAGCAGAGCAACCAGUGGCCCUACAUGUUCGCCUACAUCGGCGUGCAGAUCCCGCCGCAGGACGGCAGCUGGACGACAGUGCAGGAGGCCUUCUUCCUGCUCAUGCGUGCCUGCACGACGGCGCUCGCACACUUGACGCACAUUCAGUUCCUCACGCUGCUCUUCCCGUCAGCGCUGGAGGCGCGCCUCAUCCUCUGGAUGCUCGGUCCGCUCGCGCUGGCAGCCUCGGGGAUGGAAUUCACUGCCCUGUCGGCGGCCGACGACGUCAAGACGUCCGACCUUGGCGAUGCCGUGCGCAACAUCUGCAAUUCGGCCCUUACGCUGCUCUACACGUCGGCGCUGCUCAUCUGGGGCCUGCUCGUCAACAGACGCCGCGCUUGGCGCACCGACGGCGGCACUGCCGCCUUUGGCGCCGGCAGCGUCGGCCUCGCCAUCAUCAACACGGCCAUCUCAUUCGUCGAGAUCGCCUUCGACCGCGUCUGGUGGCUGCCCGACAUGUGCUGGACGCUCACCAUCUGGCAGUCGUGGCUCGGCUUCUGGUGGUGGGUCGGCAGCGGCAUGGGCAUCGGAGAAGUCGAGGAUCGUGCCGAGCGGCAGGAGCGGCAGCGCAAGCGCGAGGAGAGGCUCAAGCGCAAGCGUGAGCGCGCUGACCGUCAGCGACGCAAGGCCGAGGCAGCUGCCGCCAGCGUCGACGCAGAAGACAUGCUCGGCGGCAUCAAGCGUCUGCGCAACCGGCUGGCGGGCGAGACGAAGGAUGCCUCGUCUUCCAUUCAUCGUCGCCUGCGCCGAGGCACUCGCGGUGCAGGCGAAAGCGAAGGCAUCGAGCUGCAGGGCAUCGGCAUCGACGCACAGUCGCCUGGCAGCGACGAUGCCGUCACUGCGUCAGCCGCAGCUGCUAGCGGCAGUGCUGCUGCGGCUGGCGAGGUGGAACUGCAGAGCGUCUCGGUCGUCGGCAGUGGUGCUGCGUCCGGAUCGGCAGGUGCAGCACUGGCGAACGCCGAAGAUGCACGCACGACAGCCGCCAGCUCCAGCGACACGCACCCGACCGCCACGUCUGGCCCUGGCUGGCUCGGCAGCGCCUUUGACUACAUGGCCUCGCACCAGCCCAACUUCAUCCGACGACGCAUGAAGCGUCUGCGUCUCGCGCACGCUGCGGCAGCUCGCCGCGCCGCCACAGAGCAGACGGCGCUGCGCGACCAGGUGCUCAAUGCCGGGCGACCGCAAGGCCCUGGUCUGCGCACGAUGAUGUUCAACGAGCGCGGUCGGCCCAGCUCCGAGCAGGCGCAAGGCGGCUCACGCCGCACGAGCGGCGCUGGUGUGGGCGGCAGCGGACAAGGCGGCGGCCAUGGAGCAGCUGCGCCGGCGCCGCUGCAGCCGCUCGGCGAGAUGCCUGGCGACACCACGGCCGUCGAGACAGGCGGCGACACUACGAGCGGCGAGAGCUCCUCUCUCACGCGUCGUCAUCCGGGCACGACGAGUAUGCGCAGUGCGCGCCGACGGCCUAGCGCAGGUGCUGCUGGCGAGGCGCCGCGUGUGCACAGCGACGAGGAUCAGGCAGAGGAUGACUGGGUCGACGAGCUCGGCCCGCGAUCAGCGCCUCUGCCCCAGCGACUGGCAAACGACGGCAGCGGCAUGCCAGCAUCGCCGCCGCCGCAGUCGAUGCAGCAGAGCCUCUCGAGCUGGUCGUUUCGCGGCCCACUGGCCUCGGCACGGCGGACAGAUCGCUCCACGUACGACUAGGCCUGCUCCGCUUCCGCCUCUCUCUGUCCUUGCUUCUCCUCCUCUGCUCCGUCUCGCUGGCCUCGUUCUUCCUGUCUUUGCAUGCCUCGCAGUGUACCAUACCGGGCCAGUCCAUGAGAUGUGUGAUCCGCAUUUCUCUCUCUACAUCGCGUCGCGCAGCUCCUUGCCGAGCUGCACGUACUCCUCGAGGCAGUCUGGGUUCUGCAGCGUCGAGCGGUUGAUGGCGCUGAGCUCGGCGCCGUUGAGGAGCUUCUUGACGGGAAUCUCGGAGAGCUUGCUGUUGAGCGUCAGCGGCACGCCCUGCACCUGUCGGAUGAAGGCCGGCACAUGGCGAGCGCUGCGUGCGCUGCGCACGGCGCUCUUGACGGCCGUCUCGAGCGCCUUGAAGCCCUCGGGCGAGGCAGAGGCCGAGUCGAGCCGCAGCGUCACGAGCAGCACGACGACCUCGUCGUCGCCGCCACGCGUCUUGAGCGCACACACGACGGCAG